AGUUUCAACAGAACACUUGCACUAAGCGGUUGUUGUUGCGUUCGCUCUCCGUAAAAAAAUUGUUUGUUUCAGUUGAGUUCAAACUGAUUUGCGUGUGCAUUAAAAAUAUAUCAAAUUCAUUGAAUUUCGAUUUCAUCGAAAAAUUUCAAAGUGCUCACUGCUCAUAGUGAUUUAUUUGAUAUAAAUCGAUUGGGCGUGCUUGUGGAUUUUUCCCAAUUGAAUAAUACCGAGAAAAAAAAAUCUUUUUUUUUUUCAACAAAAACUAACGUGAGAAUAUUUAAUUGAAGAUUUAUGAACAAAUUGUAAAUCAUACUUUUUUCAACGCAAAAGAUUUCCAGAAUAACAGUUGAACUGUUAGAGAGACAGCGAAAAAAUAAAUAAAUGAACAGUGCAAUUUUUAAUACCGGAUAUAUGGUGUUUUUAACGAAAGUGAAGAGCGAGCAAGAAGGAGUCGAAAUGCCAUCCGAAAUGAACGAAAGCUACACUCAAAUAAGAGCCACAAAUUUAUCCGCACUUUUAUUCAAAGAUUCAUCGAAAACGCCAUCACAGUUGGAACGUGAUGCUGGAUUUUGUUCGGGCGGUUCAGAGAUUGGUGACGACUAUCAAUCGGAUCGUAUACAAAGUAGCCCGAGUUCAACGGAUACCUCGGAAGAUUCCGUUGACAUUAAAUUGGGCAGCAUUGUUAUACCGCCAAAACGAAAAGCAUUCGAUGCAAUCAAAAGCGAAAAUGACAUCCCAUUGAAGAAGCGUUUCAAAUAUGAAAGCGUUUUUGGGCAUGCAACAAAUAAAAUUGAACAGCCCUUAAACACCGAUCAAUUAAUUCAAUCGGAUGCAUUUCGUCCUUGGAUUCCGGAGCAAAUACACAAUAAGCCGCAUUUGCCAAAUGAAGCCGAAAUCUUGGCACGGCAUCCUGGCGUGACAACAUUGCACCGUGUGCCAGCCAACAUCAACGAUUCCAAAGUGUGUCAAGAUGAACAGCCAUUAGCAUUAGUAACCAAAAAAUCACCCGCCGCCGCCAUCGCCAAUAACAAUAAAUCAAGCACCGAAAACAGCAAGAAAAAAUCACCGAUAAAAUCCAUUAAAACUGAAGUGAAACCAAAUUCACCGAUCGAUGAUGAACCCAAAUAUUCAAGUGUGCGUUCCACAUCUCAGCGAAAUUACAAGAAUAUGACGCGUGAACGGCGAAUCGAAGCAAAUGCGAGGGAACGAACGCGUGUGCAUACCAUUUCGGCCGCCUUUGAUACACUUCGUCAAUCCAUCCCAUCCUAUUCAAACACACAAAAACUGUCUAAAUUAUCCAUUUUACGGGUGGCAUGCUCAUACAUUUUGACUCUAAGUCGCAUGACAGGAUUAGACUACAGUGUCGAUCAAAGUGAGCCAUCGGUCGCAAGCUGCCUCGAAGAAAUAACCCGAACCAUCCAAACGGAAGGCAAAGCUCGCAAACGAAAAGACGAAAAAGAUGAAUAAACACACGAGUUUUCAACAACUAGAGUAUUUGUCGUCGACUGAAUUUCAAUUUUUCAUCAUAGCUAUUGUUAGAUUAAUAAGUCAUUGGAUUUUAAGGUUGUCUACAACAACAAUUUAGAAGAAACAAAACAGAUUGAUUUAGAAUCGAUCGCUAAGAGCUGAUAAUUUAAACCAAUUUUUGUUUCUCUUCUGAUUCAUUAUUAUAUAUUGAAAUAAUCGUUUUCUGUCAUUAAGUUUUAAGCUCAAUUUUGUAGUCAAACAAAAACGUAUAGUAUAAGUUCUUAGAGAGUACAAACAAAUCAUUGGUCAGUCAACCACUAAACCUGUACACAAAAUGAAGAGAAAAAAAAGCAUGUCAAGUGAAUUGAUUUCAAAACUAUGACGCAGAAUUGCAACGAAAUGCGCUUCAAACGGCGGGAAAAUAAAACCGAAGGAGGAAAUUGACGAUUCUGAUUGGAUGAGAUGCCAACAAACCUGCAACAAGACUUUCAACACUAAACAAAAAUAACGUUAGGAUUUAGAAAUUUAGUCGUAUACGAAUGUGUAUAAAAUUAGCCGAUUAUAUUUGUGAUAUUCUAUUGCCUAAAUGUUAAUAAACAAACACACAAAAUACGUAAUAAAUUGAACAAGUGCUCGCUGGAUUGCCGACACGUGCUUAAUAAUAAAUAAA